AUGCUCCGAGCAGGCGCGGUGUACUUCGGGGUGCGAAAUCCGGGGCAGGUGCUGUGGCGCCCCGGGCAGAGGGGCGCACCCUCCGAGCCUGCGGGGGCGGGGGGUGCUCUGCUCACCCGUCUAGGUGGGCUCAGAGCAGGGCCUUCCUGCCACCUCUCCCCAAGUUAUGAGGGAACCAUCAGAAAUCAAGACGAUUACCAACUGGUUCGAAAACUUGGUCGGGGAAAGUAUAGUGAAGUCUUUGAGGCCAUUAACAUCACCAACAAUGAGAGAGUGGUGGUAAAAAUUCUCAAGCCAGUGAAGAAAAAGAAGAUUAAACGAGAGGUUAAGAUUCUGGAGAACCUUCGCGGUGGAACAAAUAUCAUUAAGCUGAUUGACACUGUGAAGGACCCUGUGUCAAAGACACCAGCUUUGGUAUUUGAAUAUAUCAAUAAUACAGAUUUUAAGCAACUUUACCAGAUCCUGACAGACUUUGAUAUCCGGUUUUAUAUGUAUGAACUACUUAAAGCUCUGGAUUACUGCCACAGCAAGGGAAUCAUGCACAGGGAUGUGAAACCUCACAAUGUCAUGAUCGAUCACCAACAGAAAAAGCUGCGACUGAUAGACUGGGGUCUGGCAGAGUUCUACCAUCCUGCUCAGGAGUACAAUGUACGCGUGGCCUCCAGGUACUUCAAGGGACCUGAGCUCCUUGUGGACUACCAGAUGUAUGAUUAUAGCUUGGACAUGUGGAGUUUGGGCUGUAUGUUAGCGAGCAUGAUUUUUCGAAAGGAACCCUUCUUCCAUGGACAGGACAACUAUGACCAGCUGGUUCGCAUUGCCAAGGUCCUGGGUACAGAUGAGCUGUAUGGGUAUCUGAAGAAGUAUCACAUAGACCUAGACCCACACUUCAAUGAUAUCCUGGGACAACAUUCACGGAAACGCUGGGAAAACUUUAUCCAUAGUGAGAACAGACACCUUGUCAGCCCUGAGGCCCUAGAUCUUCUGGACAAACUUCUGCGAUACGACCAUCAACAGAGACUGACUGCCAAAGAGGCCAUGGAACAUCCAUACUUCUACCCCGUGGUGAAGGAGCAGUCCCAGCCCUGUGCGGAUAAUGCUGUACUUUCCAGUGGUCUCACAGCAGCCCGAUGAAGACUGGAAAGCGACGGGUAAUGCGGCAUUGAUGCUUGCCAAUAAAACCAACCAACCAAACACAAAUCUUGAAGGAAAACUACAGUGUGAUAAAAAGAAAUUCUAGUCAUUCCUUCUAAGCGCAAAGAAGAGUAAAGAUCUAAAAGUCUGUCAAAAAGAAACUCCCCAGUACUAGUCUACAGGGAGCUGCCGCUCUGGCAGCGAGCGAGACGCUGCACAUAGUUCAGGAUCUGAGGGACCUCUCCCUGUGGAAUGCAUGGGAGACGAGAGACUCGGAGUUGUUGUACAGUUACCUUUAUUUAACAGGAGACCACUGUUGAAUUAACCCGAUCGGUCAACAAGCUCUGAAUAUCUGACUUCCUAUCUAUUCCACUGUGGUCUGUGUUUCCUUGGGUGAGAUUCAGGCUCAAGUUUUAGCAACACGUCAGCAGUCUGUACUGACACACCAGCCUCACUUACAAAAGGAGAUAUUAAAACAGUGACAGUAUUUUUUUUAAACUCUUUUACAAAUUCAUGUUUUAUGUAUUUUUUUAUGACAUGAGCUCUCUAGGAAAUGUACCUCAUCCCUGCAGUUUCCUCUAAGUGAAUUAAUUUGGGAGCAAACUGCAGUCAGUCAUGAGUCCCCUUGGAUGUCAGCAGACGUCACUUUAAACCUUGUGAUGCCCAGAACAGGUCCAUCUGUCUCAUCAGAAGUUAGAUGCUAGGUGCAUAACUUGGAGCUCACUGUAACCUUUGUUGAUUUCCUAAUCAUAAAAUCUUGUUGCUAUUUUUUUUGUGUAGCGCUUUUUUUUUUUUUUUGCAGCCUUGUAAGGCAACUGCACCAUUUCCCAGCACAUCCCUGUGUAUGUACCUAUUUUAAUGCAUCUCUCUGAAACAAAGACUUUUUGUUCACAACCACAACUAAAGCUGGAAGGUCAGUCUUCAGGCAGGUUGGGGAGGGAGAGGGAGAAAAAGAUUCUAUGAGAAUUGAUUCAGGAAUGACCUCUUGGGUGAGGAAAAUACACUUCCCCUCCCCCACCCCUUUCUGCCUUUUUUUUAUCCCCAUGAGAAAUGAUUUCCCGCUGUAAUCAGGGUAUUCCUCUGUGUUUCAAAGCUCUGAUGCGCAGUACAUGAACGUGAUGGCAAAGAUAGUCCAUCUCGUGUGCAGGGCCUGGAGUUGUGUGGGCAGGGCCGCCCCACAACACAAGCCACUAUAGAGAGCAACAUACAAGGGGCUUGGGGGAGUAAGCGAAGCUCCCGGAGCAAGUAUCAAAGCUUGGGAUCCAUUGUGCUAGCCUUCACGUUAGCAAAGGAAGCUAGAUUUUGUUUUAAAAAGUAAAAAAAAUAGGGCUGAUUUCAUUUGGGGGACUGGUCACCAACAUAAUUUGCAGCAGUCCCCUUACCCCAGCUACGCCACAGCUGUGGGAACUUCCACACCUGGCUAGAGGGUCUGCCACCACGUCAUAUUUAGGAUUUCUUAAUUAACUAUUUAAUAAUGCCAUACGUUUUUAUAAAGUUAGACUGUUUGUUUAAAAGCAUCUGUUUACAUUCCAUAUUCCAAUAAAAUAUUGGUAUUGGUAGCAGGUCCUAUCUCUAAAUGUAGAUUCUAGUUUUGUCAUCUGGUUGGUGGGAACUUAAGAUACAAAUAAAACUCUUAAUUAUAGGGUUGAUCUUAGGGAUUAAAAAAAUAAAAAGAUCCCAAAGCCAGGAAAUGAAUUCAGUUAAGGUUUUUAUACCUAUACUACCUGCCUGCAUUGCACAUUCUGUAUAUAAACGUAUACAUUUGUUUUACCUAAAAAUUAAAGACAAGACACGAGCUCUUGGCUGAACCUAUGUUGCUGUGUCAGGCAGUAAAACACAGUGUUUGGGAUUGUCAGAAGCCUUCUAAUAUGCCCGUGGAGGCAACACUGAACUGUUGGUUGUUAUCAGGGAGAUGUGCCACUGUGUGUCUUUCCUGCUCCCACCUACUUUGUACCCAUACCCUCCUCCCACACCUUUAGGUUGCCUGUCUGGAGCAGGCAGGGGAGACUACAGGAGGGUCUUGGUGAAAUAAUACCCUCUUCCUUUCCCGUAGGUCCCCAGAGGCAGUAAAAGCACCUGGAGAAGAGUUGGUGGUUAACUUGGGCCUCUCCUCUCUCCUUUGCUCGUGGUGUAGUAGGUGCGGACAGCCCUCCUGCCUGUCCUGGCUCUGCAGCCGCAGCUUUGACACAGGAGCAGUGCCUCCUUCCAUGCAUACAGUUUACUUUCCUACCACCUAUACUUUACCUCUCCUCAUGCCUUAGACAUACAGCGGAACUGAGUUUAAAACCUCACUCAUUUCCGAGUCUGGUCUUUACACCAGCUUGCUGGCUGACUGCGACUGUAGGUUGUUUUUUCCCCCAAACAAGUGAGUCCAGUCCAAACCUUUUCUCUCUUACCUAUCUCCAAACCGUUGUGUGUCCAGAUGGACCUAGCGCCCCUGAGAUUAUACAGCAUCUGCCUGGGUUAGGAGAUGGUCAUAGUUCCGCAAGAGAGGGAUGAGCGCUCACGUGCGCGUGUGUGUGCGCGUGUGAGAGGGAGAGAGAGUAUCUCUAAUAUUUAGACUAAGCUAAGGUAGAUUUACCCACCCAAUAUCCUUUUCAGUUAGCAUAUUUCUUAAAUUCAUCUCAGUAAUUUUCAUUAGGUAUUUUGUUUGCUUCAUUACCUUAUAACAGAUUAAAAGUGCCUAUGAUAGGGACUUAUUAUUUCCUAAAGAAAAGCAAAAACUGUGGGGAACAGGGUAGUAUUACACUAUCAUCUCAGGUACUGCCUAUGUUUGAGAACAUAGACCUGGUGUGGUGAGAACAAAGGUUCCUAUGCCAAAUACAGAUGGUGUAUCCUAGUCUGUCGACCACAGUAAGGUAACUACUGCAGGGAUCUGCCUCAGCUGAGAAAUCCAUGGUGAGAGCAGGACUGCUGAUAUUUUCAUCUGUAGUUUACUUGCAGUUCGCUCUCCCCAGGGCCAUAGCAGCUGGCCUGCGCCUGUCCUGUCCCUGUGGUAGACGUCUGGGUGGGAGAAGCCAUCAACUGUAUAACGCAGACCAAGCGUUCCUGGGCCUUCUUACCAGUUACACGUGUGCCGAUGCCAGUUCUGCGGGGCACUUAAGCAUCACUCACUCAGCUGGGUCUCCUAACAGACAUUCUCCGGCACAUCGGUACUCAUGAGGCUCAAAGCAAAUGUAUUCCCUUGCACAGAAAAGGAAGGUGCUCUCAGAUUCAUUAGAGAAGAUAGCAGCGUUUGUAAUCCUUGGGGGCUGGGAGAGAGGCUGGGGCAGCAGACUGUUACGAGGAGAAAGGGGACCAAUAAGACAGUCAAAAGGUAGAUCUUGAGAAUGGAAUGUGACUUCCUGAGGAGAGAGAACCUAGGGGGCACAAAGGUCAUGUUCUGGAGUGUGCCCUGAGAUGGACACUGCCCCCGGGAUUGGGUCCAGUGGGACCAAAAGGUGCUCUCAAGGCAGAUACCGAGUCCCAGAGAGCGCUGGUAGCCAUGGGGCUCAGUCUGGGCCUACUCAGGGAAAUGACUUAGGUUCUCCUGGGUGCUGCAUUGCUGAGGAUGGAAGCAGAAUUAUUCUGGGACACAAGCAACAAUUGGAGGAAUUUUUAUGUAUGCAUUGAAAUGGAUCUAAGAGCCCAGUUAAUAGUUUCCUUUAAUGUCAGUUCAGAUAAAAUAGUUUAGAAACCUGUGGCACUGCAUGAGCACCCACAGGAAGAAGCAAACUUCCCUUCCUACCAGUGGAGGGGAGCGGGUAACAGCCGAUCAGAGUCAGGGUCAUUGAGAUGUAAACCCUUUCGAAAGCAAAAGCAGGGUCCACAUGAGCACACAGGAAACCAGAAUUUGUCAGUGAGCUUAAAUCUAAGAGUGAAUGUCCUGCCUUUAAAACUAACCCCAGGGUGGGAAAGGGGCAGUGGGAAAACAUCAGCUAAGAAAACGCGCUUUUGAGCUACAUGGAUGUGUUGAAAGCAACACCACGCAGGAACUGUAGAGGCUGGGGAGGUGAUGGGAUGGGGCAUACUUUUGUGUAGAGACUCAACAAUGUGCUACAAAUGUGAUACUUAAUCCUGAACUACAUGUAUUGAGGAUUGUUUAAAAAAAAACAAAAACAACUUUCAUUGACUCAAUAAAUUAACAGUUUUUCA